ACCCCAAGUCAUUGAGGGAAGAAGGUAAAGAAAAAAAAAAAAGGAGCACACCAAAGAAUGAGUUGUCUAAUUAGACUUUACCUUCAACAGUGGUAAGCUAAAUCGGAACGCAUAACAAACAAAUCAACACAAAACCAGUAGCGAGAUCGAAUAAUAAUCAUGGAGGGUGUGAGCGUGAAGAAUCCACUGUUCAGAAGUGAGUCAUCCAUUGGAUACAACUACUACUACCCUGAGCAGAGCUACACCAUGAUUGAGAAGAGACAGGUGUUCCUGAGAAGCUACCAGUUCUGCCGAAAGAAGAGUCUAGUGGAUAGAAUCAAAGGCUCUUUGUUCAGAGUCAAGAAAGUCGUUUGGCUACGGUUAAGGUCUGCUCGGAGGUUGAGGCUGCUCAUUUUCUCUAGGCUCAAACGCGCUUUCUAUUAUCGCCGGAGACGCUUUUCCCGCCUCUUCAACGCAACUCAAACUUCCUCGUGUCUCUGGUAAACGUCUACAUGGAACUUAUCAUAUGGUUAAGUGGAUUUAGCCACCAUCAUAACAAAGAUUGAAACACUACCUGUUUCUCAAUUAUUCACCCUUUUUUUUUAAUUUAUUUAUUAGUAGAGACGUAACCUCAUACGUUAUAAUGUUUAAUAACUGCUCCCUGUUCUUGUCUUUUUCCCUGUUGGCGUUAGCAAUAGAAAUUGAUGUGUGUAAUUGUGUAGAACUAAAUUGGUCGUCGAUGUUGUUGCCAUGUAGCUUAGGAAAAUGUAUACAAAUACAAGACUACUACUAAUAUUAAAUUACUUAGUUUAAUA